AUGCGAGACGAAGUAUUGAGAAUGUUUGACGAGUUAGAAGAUUCCGUCGCUAAGAGAGCUGAAACUCUUCAGAAAGAAAGAUUGAAAACUCUGACAAAAAAACAAACUCAAAACGAGAAACAUUUGGUUGAUGUAACAUCGUGCUUAGAGACGAUUGAAAACAUCUUCAAAAAUGGAACUCCAGUGCAGAAAUAUAUAGCAGAACAUAGCAUGGAGAGUAACGUCAAUGCUCUCUGCAGAAACAUUAAGGAAGAGAAGAAUAUGGAGAAGAUGAACAUUUCUUUUCAGUUUGACGAUACACUAAAACUACCGCCAUAUCCAAUUACUGUAUAUAUUCCAGGGCAAUUACAAUCAAAGUUUAAUCACCAGGAAGAUCAUAAUUCUGUUAACAUGGCGAUGAAAUUAACACCAGUUUUUGCUAUUGAUUUAAAAAAGACGAGAGAUGAUAUCAAAGAUCCUUUAUAUUCGGGUAUAGAUUUUCUACCUGAUGGUAGACUGGUGGCUGUAGAUAACAAAAACAAGAAAUGUUUUUUGUACAAUGAGAAGCUUGAGAAAGUAGGAUCAUAUCAGCUAUCUUACAACCCAUUAUCUGUUGUUGUAGUAUCCGAGGAGGAAGUAGCGAUAACGAGUGGUAAUAGAUACAAUAUAGAAUUUCUACAUGUCAGUAAAUGUAAUGAAAUAACUUCAAGUAGGACAUGUAACGUGAACACGAAAUAUUACUCUAUAUGUUUCAAAGAUGAUAGACAGUUUGUAGUAGGGACAAUUGAUGAACCAAUACCUGUUCGUAUUGUAUCAUUGACAGGAGAGGAGCUUGAUUUUAGUGUAAACUUUCCAAACAAGAUAUAUUCUGUAGACAAUAGCGAUUGUACUUACAUAAAGAGCAGUGAUAAAAUUGUGAUUACAGAUAGAUACGAGCAUACUGUCUACAUAUAUGAUAUCAAGACAGACACAAGAGUCGUAGUGAAGGAUGACCAGAUACAGGAACCACGUGCUGCAGCAGUUGGUCCUUCUGACACUGUCCUGGUGUGUAUUCCUAAAACAAACUCUAUUGUACAGAUAUCCCAAACAGGUCAGAUCUUAUCAUCGCUCAAGUUAAAUAUGAUAAAUCCGUAUAGAGUAUGUGUCUCACGUGAUAAAUCAUUUCUCGUUGUUACAAAUGGUUGCAAUGGGUAUAUGAAAAUGGAGAAAUUCAAAAUAUCGUAA